CUUGGUUCGUCUCUAUCCCCCUGUGAUCUGGCCACGUGUCCCGUCUCUCGAACCUACCCCUUCGCCUCCCUCGUCCUUUCUUCUCUCCACCGGCCCGUGUGCCCCCUUCCGGCGUGCGACACUCUGCGCCAUCCCAUUGGCCUCGUACCCUCCUCGCUCUCCGACACCGCCCCGCCUUCGUUAUCCCCUACACUGUGCCUUCACGUGACGUCCCCCUCGUCGCCCGCCACCUGUCCGCCUCCCCCAAUCGCAGAGCGAGAUGCCAUCGCUCCACGUCGCUCGGGAGGACACGCGUCGACCGCUCGCCCGCUAUUUAAGGCUCCUCCUCCCGACUUCAUCUCUCGGUAGCUCUUUUUUGAAGCAAAAGGGUGGAGAUGGAGAGGAGAGGCGGUUGCUUGAUCGCCAUGUACGGCGGAGGCCGGGACGCCGACGUCGCGUGGAAGGUGGGGCAGAUCAUGCUCAGGUACCGUCCGAUCGCCCCCAAGCCUACCUCCCCCGCCGGUUCCCCGAAGAUCUCACCCGUUCCCGCUGAGACGCGGGCCGCGGCAAGGAGGCCAAAGAGGAAAGGAUCCGCCAACCCUAGCGGCGGCGGGAGGGGGAGGAAGACCGGGAAGGUCGAUGUGACUGCGGGGUCGUCGUCGUCGAUCAACGACGAUGAGAAGUCGUCUUCGACGACGGCGUCCUCGUCGAUGAUCGUGACGCUGCCAUUGAUGCCGGAAACGCCGGAGAGGCAGUGCGAGCUGGCGGAGUCGCCGAGGAAGCCUUCGAGCCCCAUUACUCCUGAUGCGGCGGCGUUGCCGCGGGUGGUUCCACCGUGGAUGGGGCAGAAGCAGGUGGGAGGAGCGGUGGUGGCGUUGGGGUCGUGGGUGACGGUGGCAUGCGUGACGGACUCGUGGCGGGAGGAGGAUGUCCCAUGGAGGAGCGACGAGGCAGUGACGGCAGCGCUGGCGUUGGACGAGAGCCCCGGGUUCGUGUCGGACGGGUGGGACCGAGUGAUGUGGACCAACGAGGCGUACCGGCGGAUGGUGAUGGGAAGGGAGGAGGGGGAGGAGCAGGCGGAGGAGGUGAAGGUGGGACUGGUGACGGGCGGGUUAGUGCCGGCAGCGGCGGCGUGCCGGGCAUUCACGUGCCGGGUGCGCGUCAGGCCGGGGACGGAGAGGACCUCGUCCUCGCCGCUGGCGGCGCCGUGUGACGUGUGGAGGCUGGACAGCGGCGGCUGCGCGUGGAGGCUCGACGUCAAAGCGGCGCUAAGCCUGAGCUUGUAAGACACGGUGGAGAGCGGAAGGGAAGAAGAAUGUAUGUAAAUAGUUCUGGUAUAUGUACGGCUUAUCUACGGUGACAAAUACAGCAUCACAUUAAAUAGAAAGAAGACGACUGUACCUAAACCAAGUUUGCGAUCAACGACUCAAAACCAGUCCAUGGGUUUUGAAAUCAACGUCACAAGGACGAGAAUCCGAUGUCAUGGGUACUAUUCUUUGAUGCUUGUGUGUGGAUUUACGUGGGGCAAAACGUGAUCACUCCAUUUUACGUGCUGCUGCGGCUAUUUGUUUGCUUGAACCAGGAGAGCACACAGAUUUGAGGGUCAAAAACAGGAGGGAGAAGCAGAA